CGGUACCCGCGACACACUAACAUCCUCACUCUCACGCUCUCUUGGAGUAGCUGCUGUCGUCGCUUAUUACUCGUCUUCGCCAGGCCUGCGUGCCUCGCAACUGUCACCAUGUCGUCGACGAACAACACUGCUGCCACAGCGCCGCCUGUCUCAUCAGCGCCGCCCGUGAGCUCAGCACCGCCUGCGUCCUCGGCACCAGCAGCCUCGUCUGCUGCCCCGCCUGCCUCGUCGGCCGCGCCGGCAUCCUCUGCUGCUCCUCCAGCUUCAUCAGCAGCACCAGCACCGUCGUCGGCACCCCCAGCAUCCUCGGCCGCACCUGCCCCAUCAAGCGCCCCUGCACCUGUGACAACCCAAGUCGUCACUGCCUCGUCUGCACCACCCUCGACUACUGAGAUUGCGACCUCCAUUGUCACCGUCACCCCCUCUGCAACCCGCAAUGGCGAGACACCGACCCCUAUCAUCGUCACAUCUGUUGUGACGCGUGAGGGCCCCGCUGCGACUGGAACCACUGGUGGCCUCGCAUCUACUGCCACCACCCAUGGAUCCUCCUCGAGCACCAACACUGCUGGACCCGCUGGCACCCCUGGCGCUGAACAGAAGGGGCUCAGCACCGGCGGCAAGACUGCAAUCGCUGUCGUUGUGCCUGUCGUCGUCGUUGCACUGCUAGUUUUGGCCGGUAUCAUCCUAUGGAGGAAACGCAAGGCUCGCCAGAACAACGAGGAAGAGCGAAGGAAGGAGGUCGAGGAGUAUGGCUUCAACCCUAACCACGACCCUACGCUUCCUGCAGUUGGCAUGGGUUCGGAGAUGGCCGAAGACUCGAGCGGCUACCGAGGAUGGGGCAACACUGCGACCAGCUCGAACCGCAAGGCCUCCACCACCCUGACCAGCGGCAUGACCUACUCGGACAGCAACAGCAACCCUGGCGGCUACAACACACCGCACUCUCCCACUGGCGGGGCAUAUUCCGAAGGCUCCAACGACCCCCUGAUGAACGGACGUCGCGAAACUAUGGACUCUGAUGGCCUUGGUGCGCUCGGUGCCAUAGGCGGUGCUGCGCCCAAUUCGACACAGAACCAGGCCGGCGUACAGCGGGGACCCUCCAAUGCCUCCUCGUCCUAUUCUGCCGCCAACCGAUCCGAUACCUCGGGCGACUACCCCGGCAUGGGCAUGAGCAACCCCAACGAGUACUACGACAACCAAGGCUACUACCAGACCGGCCCAUACGGUAACAAUGACCCGUAUGGCGCUGGUCAACAGCCCGUGAUUCGGGACGUGUCAGCGCGGCGGAACACGAGGAUCGAGAACCCCUCGGUCUUCCCGCAACAAGGAAACUCUGGCAUCGCACAGAACUUCUAAGCACGCCAUCACUAUCGCUCUGUACAGUUCCUUUAUUUUGGCUCUCUGAUUUACACCAUAUAUCCAAACGGCGGCGUUUUGGAGUCCUGGAUUUCCCACAAUCUAUCGCAUCGUAUCGCAUUUUCUUCAGCUGCAGGGACGAGUCGGGUGAGGGCAUGCAGGCCCCACCUCAGCUCUUGGGUCGU